GGUCAGAAUCUGAUUUUGAAACUCCUAGACAAGAUUUCGAUAAAGGUGAUGGUACAGAUGAGAUUACUAAUGCUGAAGCACAAAAAACUGAAGAACAGUUAACUUUGCUAAUGCAAGAGGUUGAGAGCUUGAGCAAACAAAAAAGUGAUCUAAAACAAGAGGUUGAAAAGCAAACACAUGAAGUUAAACAUCUGACCUCGAAGAACACUGAGUUGAAUGGUGAAAUAGUCGAACUUGAUUCGUUGUUGAAAAAGGAGAAAGAUAAGGUGUUCGAUUUGCAGGCACAAUUAAAUGACAAUGAGAACCAAGAAAAGCCCAAUAUUGCAGAUUUGAUGGCAAAGAUUUGUGAGUUGGAACAGGAGAUCAAAUCCUUGCAGACACAGAAAGAUGAAAUGGAAGAAAAAUUAAAAUGUGAGCAAAGUGAAGCAUCAACUCAAAGAGAAGAUUUGAUGGAUAAACUUGACAUGGUGCAACAAAGGUUGAAUUUCAUGGAAAGUGUGAACAAAGAAGUAGAAGCCAAGAUGGAAAGCCAAAGGGAGCAACUUUAUCAAGAUUUUACUGAGAUAAACAAUCUAAAGGACAAUUUAACUAAUAUGAGAUUGGUUGAGAAACAUAUGGUGGCAGAGAAAAACAGGCUUCUUUAUAGGCUUAGGGAUCUAGAACUAAAUUUGGAAAGCCAAAUGAGUCAGAAAAGUGAAUUGGAAGAGAAUUUAAGAGACAAGAAUUAUGAGAUUAAAGAACUAACAGAGGAAAAUAAGGUCUUCCAAGAAAGAAACCAUGAACUUAGAACAACAAUGACACAAAAGGGAGAAGAGUUAUCUAAUUUUAUAAGAGAACAUGAAAACCAUGAAAAUGGAGCUUCCAUGGAAGUUAUGACUUUAAAAGCAAAACUUAACGAAAUGAGACUAGAGUUGGACACUAUGCACGAACAGAAGAACAAACUGGAGCAACAAAUCGAUCGAAGUCAAAAAGAAUAUGUUGAAAGCCUAACAAGGAUGGAAAAUCUGAAUGCCAAGUUGGCAACCCAAAUAGGAGAUCAAGAGAAAAUGAUUGAACAACUUAGUGAGGAGAACAAACAAGCUAAAGUUGUGUUUAGUAAAUUGAAGACUGUUCAGGUAACUGCGGAAAGGAAAAUUAAUGAAUUGGCAGAAGAGUUUCGAAGGAAAAUGGAAGACAACAUAAAGUUGUUGCACCAGAGGAUUCAUGUUGCAGAACAACUGAAUAACGAAAAUAAGUAUAGUUACAAAAUAACAAAACAAAGGUACGAGGAAGAGUUCAAAGAUAUAGGAAAGAAAAUUGGUCACUAUAAAGAUGAAAAAACAAGAAUUUCAAAUGGGUUUGAAUUUAUUGCACUAAAUGGAUUAGAUUUAGCAAUUGAAAAUCUGGAAGAGUAUGCAAGUCGUGUGACUAAGAUGAUGUGUGAGGUUAAGUUUAUGAAGGAUCGGAUGAUGGAAAAGAAUGAGGAGGUGAAAGAAAUGAGAGAGAAUGUGAAUUACUUUAGGGAAUUGUUGGAUAAAAAGGAAGAACAAGAAUUGUUGUUAAGGGAGAAUUUGUGGAAAUUGGAGGCAGAGGUGAGCAAGGAAGGAGGAGAUAAGUUGAACCUAAGAAAAGAAGUGAGUCAAUUGGAGAAGAAAGUGGGAAAAUUAGAAAAGAGUGUGAAAAAGAAAGAAGAAGAUUUAGCUAACCUUGGGGAGAAGAAAAGGGAAGCAAUAAGACAACUUUGUUUUGUGAUUGAGUUUCAUAGAGAUCGUUGUAACUAUCUAAAGGAUAUGGCUACAAAAAAUAGGGUAAAUAACAUUACAUAGACUUGAGAAACAAAAAUGGAAGAAUAUAUUGUAUAUUGAAUUUUAAUAGUAUAGUAAGAAUUUCUUAAUUUGUACUUUUAAUUUGUAAU